AUGGCAACGGCAAGAACGGGUGUUAUCGAGGUGGCCGAGAUGAUGGGCGUGGAGGCAGGGGCUGUUGAGGUGACCACACCUGAGAGGAUGCUGGUGUCGGAGACGCUGGAGGCCUCCAGUGCAGACCUCACAAUGGCCUCCAGACAGGCCCGUUGUGAUGCCGUCAGUGCUCAGGACUGCCCCCUUGGGGUCCCACUGCACUAUCUCGGGAACAAACUCCAGGCAUUAACACCUUCUAUCCCAGCCUAUUGCCAGAGAAUGAUCAGAGAGUGGGAGAAAUGCUGCCAGGGAAUGGAAACACCUACAGCUGGGUGGCUGAAGGCCCGAGAAAGGACUGCUGCAGAGCGCAAGUCAUGUACAAGUAGGAAGUCAGACAGACUUUUUGGUGCCAUCUGUUUGUCCCCGUAUAGGGAGCUCCCACCUUGCCAGGAGAACCUGUGUCUUGUGUCACCAACGAGGAUAUGGACUAAUUUCUCCAGAUCAGACCCACGCAUUGCCUUUGGGAAAUACUCCCCCUUGGAAAAAGAGAUUCUACGUCUAGGUGGCGUUCACACCAUAGCAGCAAGAAAGCUUUUGGCUAGUAAAGAGCACGAAGAACGGAAAAUGAUGAAGACGCUACAGUCCAUAUCUCCAGAGUUCAACAAAGUGACAGAAUGUAAAGAACUCUCCUCCCCUUGCAUUAUGUGUAAACCUAUAGAAAAAUUAUGGACAGCGAAGGUGAUUAUACCUGCAGAAGAAUUUAAAAUGCCCGUGCGCGAGAAAGCCAACAUCAGCAAGCAUAUAGAAAGGAUGCAACUGGCACGGGCCCUACAAAAUGAGAAAGACACCGCACACAUUGAAAAGCGCAGGGGUUCUACAAUUCACUCGGGAGCAGGCCUGGGCUUUAUAACAAAAGACAAGUCCAGGGAAGGGGAGAGUUGCGACAUCAGUGGUUACUCUGAUAACGCCAAGCAGGAGGAGAACGAGGAGGCAGAACGCCAGCCCGUAAAAAGACAAGAAAUGAACAUGGACGUCACCUUUAAGUCGGAAGAACCAAAGAAGCGCGUGAGAUGCCAUCGAAAUGACUGCAAGCCAUUCCUCAAGAAGAAACAAGAACGGUGCAUCACAGGCCAAACCAACCGGAAUCUCUUCCCCUUAGCUGAAUUCCCUGGAGAUCUGAUGCUCUUGCGUCAAGGUUUUAUAGCUCAGGGGUUGCACCCCAGAUGUCUGACCAAGACUUACCAACCUUGGUAA